CCACAGGUCAGCUCUGCAAGAUUCGUCAUAAGAUUACUGUUCGUUGUCCUCCUCGUCCAUAAUAUAAUAUUAUACCGCGGUUACUGCAAGCUCGCCGCGUUGCACGGGUUUCCGUCGUGCUUCCGAUCGCGCAGUCUCGUUUCGUAUCGACCACCACCGCAGUCAUCAUCAUUUCCAUCAUGUGGACAUACGUGUGCGGCCGGAAAAASCGCGGCGCUUCCGCGGCGAUCGCGGUGGCCCUGUGCGCGACUUGCCUGCUUAACGCCAACCCGGCGGUGCACGCGCAAACCGAAACCUCGGCGGUGCCGGACUUUGUCGGAGGCGGAGGACCGCAAUUAUUGUCAUCGUUGCAACCACCGACGACCACCACCACCGCUCAACACCAGUCCAAGUACGACGAGUCGGCCAACACGGAACUCCUCAAGCAGGUGUUGAUGAAGAAAUGUCUGCACCGGUACACGAUGACGUGCCUGAAACUGGACCUGGUCCGGCUGAUCGACCGGCUGGGUACGGCCCGCGCCUAUCAGCUGGUUCCCGGCGUGUCGCUCGUCCGGGCUUCAGACGGAAAUCAGACGACGGUCUCAAGCGGCGAUCACCAUCAUCAGCAGAAUCAGCACCAUCAACAGCAUCACCAUCACAGUGGCAUACCUCCUGAAGUGGUCAGGUCGCUGGUUCGGGGCAACGAUUCGGUCGAUGAGCUGGACGGGUACCUGAUGGAAAAGGUCGAUGGAUAUCUGAACAGCCUGUCCAUCAGCGUCAAGCUAGUCGACUCGGCCGUGGUGGAGAAGGUUCGCCAUCUCAGUAGUCAAAUGCUCGUCAACAUACUGCCCACAGGAUUGCUGGAAACUGGACGGGGAAAGAAGGACGGCAUGAAAGCGGCGCUAUGGUCGGCCGGCACGCUGGCAGCAAUCGCAUUUGCAUCGCUGGCCGCAAUGUCAGGCAAGGCACUAAUGACGGCCAUGUUAGCGCUUGUCCUGGCGGCCGUGUGUGCGCUCAAAGGUCACGGCGGAGGUGGCGGCGGAGGCGGUGGAGGUGGUUACGGCAAGACAUCGCAUUACGAGAUCAUCACCAAACCAGCCAUCUACGACCACGAACACCUUGUGCACGGAGCGUCGUACUCAUCGGCGCCGUACAGUUACGCCCGGCACCUCACCAUGGACGAGAACGGCGGAACGCAUCACCCGAUCGGACGUGGCCCGCCGCCGCAGCGUCGUGCACGCGGCGCCCGCCGUUUCGGCCAAUGCCCAGUCCGGUGA